AUGGCGGUCAAGCAGAGUCAACAGUUUCGAUCACUUGUAGCUCUGAAUCCAGACAGAGCUGAUCUCUUGGCUGCCAUUCUUACAUCCCAACAACAUUCCAUCUCCUCCCUCUACACUUUAUGUCAUCUCCUUGAGGAGUUACCUGGUUCAUGGCCAGUCUUCCAACUCAUCAAGACUUACACGCGACUCUACACACAACUCUCAGAAGAUGCCAAGACAAACAGAAACCACGAGCUCUCUUCCCUAAUUGAGCAAACUUCAGCGCUAGUCAAGAGCUCGUAUACAUCCUUUGCACAGUUCAUUGGCUGCGAUGACAAGCCAGCCCUACGAGCCCCCACAGAUGAGGAUGUCAUCACCCAUCGCGAACUACGGCAGUUCGUUGACAACUUCCAACUUCCCGCUGAUGCAUCAGAUAAGAAACCUGUUGUCUCUAUCGCGUUGCCUAAUGGUCCCUUACUAGCAGCAACAUGCAUCGCUGUCACGACUUACUACACCGCAUCGCCAAUCAACCCCGCUGCUGGAGCGGAACAAUUUCGAGCAGACAUUCUACAAGCGCGAGCGGACUUUAUCCUCACAACUAAGGAUGAGUACGAGAAACUCCAACUCGAUGCCCGUUGGGUAUCAGAUAACAAUAUCCAGAUCUUCAUCAUGGACUGGACUCGAGAUGAAGGCAUUUCGCUAAGGACAGUCGAUGGAGAAGCAGUCCCCACUGGCAGUACACAACGAGUCGCUAACAAGGCUGAUGAUAUCGGCCUGAUCCUCUUCACGAGUGGAACAUCGGGUACCAAGAAGGUAGUACCACUAACAGUCAACUCCAUCGUCGCCGGCGUCGCUUUCGUCAUCGAAUCAUGGGGCCUCACAGCCACCGACAUCUGUCUGAAUAUGAUGCCCCUCUACCACGUAGGAGGUUUAGUUCGUAACAUCUUUGCACCGAUAUUCUCCGGCGGCUCGACGGUCUGCUGUCCCUCCUUCGAUGCCAAUUUGUUUUGGGACGUGGCUGAGACCAUUCAACCAACAUGGUACUACGCUUCACCAUCGAUGCACUCUAUCAUUAUCGCAGAAGCAACUGUGAGACCUGAAGCUCUGCGGAAGAGUCGGAUCCGGUUGGCUUGUAACGCUGCGGGUGGGUUGCUACCGUCUUUGGCGUAUCAGCUGAGGGACACGUUCAACUGUGUCGUCUUACCGAGCUAUGGAAUGACAGAGUGCAUGCCCAUUUCUACACCUCCACUAGACUAUCGUCUCGAUCGUGAAGGUACAUCAGGUAUCAGCACCGGCCCCGAACUCACCAUCCUCGACUGGUCCGAACAGAACGUUACAAACGGUACAGUCGGUCGCAUCUGCGUUCGCGGCGAGCCUGCCUUCCCCGGCUAUCUCAAGCCCGAUGGUACAUAUGACAAGUCACCCUUCAACCAGCAUGGCUGGUUCGAUACUGGCGAUCUUGGAUACAUGGACGAUGAUGGAUAUCUUUACAUCACUGGUAGGAGUAAAGAGGUCAUCAACCGUGGUGGAGAGCUGAUAUCUCCAUUUGAGGUUGAGAAUGCCAUCAUGACGGCUUCAAGAUCGAGUGACUCGCCCAUUUACGGAAGGGUCUCACAGGCUUUGGCGUUCUCAGCAUCGCAUGAUGUUCUACAAGAAGUCGUCGCCAUUGUCCUCGUCACACCUCCCAAUGUUCCGCGUGUUGAUCUGAGGACUCUUCACGGCGCGUUGAAGUCUUCUCUUCAGCAGGCGAAGUGGCCUGUCCUGAUCACGUAUAUGAGCGAUCUUCCGAAGAACAACAACAAGGUACUACGUAUCAAACUUGGUCAACGGCUGGGAAUCCCUUCUGUUUCUGAUGAUACACCUUAUAUGGGUAGGCAUUGGGAUGCAGUUUGUCCUCCAACUGAUACACCUUUGUCAGAGUCUGUUCAGUGCUCACCUUGCUCUGUUGACUACACCAAGCUUGCGACUCAUAUCCAGACCAUCGUUCUAGACCUCGACAUCUUUUGCCUUCCCAGCACUCACGACGGGUCACCAGAAGCCAUCCUUGCGCCUAAGGCUGAAGGUGCUAUUGACUCUGAUAAUGUCAGCAACAUUAGGCAUCAAUUGGCAUCAAUAAUCGACAACUACAUGAUCCCUACCGAGAUUCACAUCAUGCCUCGACCAUUCCAGAAGGACUCAUCUGGGAACAUCGACGUCGAAGUACUCUGCGCAGAACUUGAGCAACUUCAAAUGGCUUCCAUGAAUGAACUAGCCGCCAGCACAGAAGGACUCGUCACCAAAGCCUUUGCCGAAGUCCUAUCCAUUCCACCCGCAGACAUUGCCCGCGACGCAGACUUCUUCAGUCUCGGUGGUGACUCACUUCGCGCUGGUCGCCUUUUAUCGACGCUCCGUGCCGAGUUCAGCAUCAGCCUCCCCAUCACUGCUGUCUUCAAUGGCGGCACCGUUACCUCCAUCGCUGCACACAUCGACAAGAUGCUCCAUAGCAAGACCGAUGAAUCUGACCAGCCCAGUGCUAUCGUCGGAUGUACCGAGACUUGCAGUUCCACCAACCCCUUCCUUAUGAUCCUCCAACUCUUCCCCCUCGUGAUCUUCUAUCCCCUCCGCCGCGCCGUCCAAUGGACAAUCUUCUUCGUAACCCUCGCCCACUCUCAAAAACUCCCCACCAACCACUCCCUCCCCGGCCGCUUCCUCAACCUCACCGUCUCCAUGCUCAUCGCCCGCAUCAUCAUGGGCUUCGUAUCACCCAUUGUCGGCAUCAUCUGCAAGUGGCUCAUCAUCGGCCGCUAUCGCGAAGGGCUGUAUCCCAUGUGGGGAAUGUAUCAUACCAGAUGGUGGCUUGUGCAAAAGAUCGUCGCGAUCUGCGGCAAGGGCUUCUUUGAUGCGAAUGAGAUGACGGAGCGGAUUUACUGUCGGCUUAUGGGGGCCAAGAUUGGCAGGAAUGUCAAGCUUGAGGGCGCGGCGCUUGGGGAGUGGGAUUUGAUUGAGGUUGGUGAUGAUUGUAAUCUCACGAAAUGCAUCUGUCGACCUUUUGCUGCUGAGGGGAAUACGUCGAUGUAUCUUGGCCGCAUCACCAUUGGAAGCAACUGCUCUGUCGGGAUGUCUUCUAUCGUUGCGCCUGGUACCAACAUGCCGCCUGAUACAUGCCUAGGCUUCAACUCAUCCAACUGGGAGAUGCAGGACGCAAGUGAAGAGUAUAGAGACCAGCUUCCAAGCGAGAAGCCCAAGCCUCACUGGGCGUUGAACCUGCUUUUCACCAUGCCCCUUAAGCUCAUUGGUCUGUUCCUCUCUGCAGUCCCUUGGAUGGCCGGUCUUGUAGGCAUGGUCACUACACAGGGUCAAACGGUUAACCACAAUGCUCCAUUGAGAAGCAGCGUGGACUGGUUCACUCAGCCUAACCGAAUCGCCUACCAUUACCUCGCGCUUGCUCUUGGAUGCCUAUUCGGUCCAUUCUUUCUCUUCGGGUUCGUCAUCUUGGUCAAGUCUGUACUAGACUGCAUCUUUGGAAAGCUCAAAGCCGACUCGCAAAACACGGUGGAUAUCUGGAGAGCGAACUUGAUCAAGACGCUGUUGCCUGAGGGGAAGCUUCACCGGAUGACUUCUUUGUUUGGACAGCAUUAUGAGGCUACGUCCAUCGCGUUUAGAAUGCUUGGGGCCAAGAUUGGUGAGCGCGUCUACUGGCCCGGUACUGGUCCUAGCAUUGGUGACUAUCAUCUCAUCGACGUUGGCAACGAUGUAGUCUUCGGCUCGCGUUCACACCUCGUCACUUCUGAUGGGAUCGGGUCCGAGAAAGUCACCAUCCAAGACCGUGCCAUGAUCGCUGAUCGCGUUUGUCUUCUCCCCGGUGUCACAGUUGGUGAACGGACCACUAUGGGUUCUGGCGCCGUGACGAGAAGGAACGGAAGCUAUGCCUCUGAUGGUACCUAUGUUGGCUCCAAGGCAGGCGAUGCAGUCUGCUUGUCAACCGGUAAGGACACCAAGGUCUCUCGAUCUCACAUCCGCAACAUGCAGUCGGAGGAUACCCUCACCAACGACAAGAAGUUCAACGACGAGAAGGAACGUCCUGACACCCAGCCCAGCAUCACAUCUGGAAGCGAUACCGAGGGCAGUGACGGCAAAGGAGACUGGGCACAGCAUCUCUCUCCAUUCGGUCGAGCUUUCUAUCUAAAGCUAGCACCGUACCAUGUCCUCGGCCCCUUCGCCAUCUUCUGCUACUCUGCCUUCUUCACAGUCUUCACCGCUGUUUAUUGGGAUGUUCCCAGUGUCUCAUCCAUUCAGUUCGUGGGUAUCAUGUUCCGAAGCUCCUUUCCCCGUGGCAUGAACGUCUGGUUCGACCUUGUCGCGAUCUUCCUGACCAUGUUGGCUGGCAUCGCCGUCCUCUCCACAUUUCAAUCCGUUCUUGCGCUAGCAAUCAUCAUUGGGUCCAAGUGGCUAUUGAUGAGUCGUCGCACGGCUGGUAACUACGAUUGGGACAAGUCUCCAUACUGCCAGCGCUGGCAGAUCUUCCUCGGCAUUGAGCGCCUGCGCCGACACUGCUACAAAGGCAAUGGUAUCCUCAAUCUCCUUACCGGGACUCACUGGAUGGUGAUCUACUUCAAUCUCAUGGGUGCCAAAAUCGGCAAAGACUGCGCACUCUUCGUCAACGGCACCCCAAGCCUCAUGUUCACGGAACCUGAUCUUAUCACCCUUGGCGAUCGCGUUGUCGUUGACGAUGCCAGUGUCGUCGCACACAUCAACACGCGAGGGAAGUUCGACUUGAACAGGGUUGAGAUUGGCGAUAGAUGUGUGCUCCGAACAGGAAGUCGACUUUUGAGUGGUGCGCAGAUGAAGAGUGAUAGCUGUUUGCUGGAACAUACGCUUAUCAUGGGUGGCGAUGUUGUCGAGGAGAGAAGGACGAUGCAGGGUUGGCCGGCGGAGGAGUUCAGCGGGAAACGGAUUUGAUUUACAUGUGUAGGAGUG